GCGAUCGACGCGGGGGCGGCAGCGUCGCGACGCUCCACUUUGAAUCCGUGUGUGGUCCUGUGCAGUUGUCCGCGAUCCUGCAGGAUUCGUACGUUUAGGCGCGUGCUUUGCAACAGCUGUGACACUUUGGACUGCGGCAUGGCUGUGAUUGUAAUUCUGGCUCUGUUUUUAACGGUGGCAUCCCGACAAAGUUUCGUAGAUACGGCUCCUUUGAACGAAGGAACGCCGGGAGAUUCCCCUUCAUCGCAGGAUACGAGCGUGCGAGAGCUUGAAAGUCUUAAACAUUCAAUAGGCAAAACUUUGGAAAUGAUAAAAAGCCAGUCGGCGGUGUACACGAAUAACAACGGGCAAAAACAAGCCCACGCUGAGAGGAAAGAGCAAGUAAAUGAAAAUGGGAAGUUAGUAUCGAAAAUUGAUCAGCACAUCGACAUGGAAGGGAAGGACUCGGCGAGGCCUCAAGGUAAAAUACAGACUGAGAUUGACGUGCCGGCGAAAGGAAUUCACAAAAGUGUCGUCCAACAACUACCAGAAUAUCAAACGUUGACAGAAAAUGGAAACAGACGCUCUGAGAGCCUUUCAGAGCCUGGGAAUGGCAUAGACAAGUUUAACGCCUUCUCAGGCAUACAAUACUCCCCCCUCGAUAUGGCCGAGUAUGUGUUCUGGACAGGCGACGAGAAAGGCGUUACUCUCGCCAUCGAAGAAUUCCUACAAGAGGGUUUGAUGACUCGAGAAGAAGCCAUUUCGUUCCUCCAAGAAAUCAAAUAUAACUUGGACUAUCUCAAGAACCAUUACACUCAACUUGGCCUAAAUGCCAAGGAACGCUCCAGAACUCAGGACACGCAAUUAAAAUAUUCCGACAAACCGGAAUUGAAGAGCUCGUUCGACUUAAACCUACUGAGACAGGAAGCCACGAAAAAAAGAGAACCAGAAGUACCACACUCGAUUCCCAUGAUGAAAUCAAACGAAGGUGACAAGAGUCAAGACGAAGACUACGACGAGCUCCUCGAGCGUCUCCGAGUCGCCGACUUCCUAUACACCGAGUACUCAUUAGAAGAGGUCAUCUAUCAGCUCGCUAAAGUCAUGUUUACACAGUCUCUCACGCGGGGAAGUGCCGAGGCUCAACAGGCACUCCAGAAAUUCACCAACUUUCUUGAAAUCGAGGCCGAACAAGGGCACAUUUCCAGGACCCUCGAAAAGAAAGUUCUAGACGUGCUGAUUGCUUCUUUGUCAGACACACUCACGGAACAUCCGGAACUUCUCUCGGCGGCUAGAGAAAGUUUAGGAGCGACGGCCACUAAUGCAGAUGGACAGCAUUUCCUGAGACAAAUCCUCGAAAUUAGUCCGGACGAUAAAGCUGCAGUUAGAGCUUACAAAGGACAAGCGGAACGGAAUAUUCCGGUGCAGAAAAUCACCAACCAUGUUCCCCUAGGGCUCGGCAAAUACAAAAACCCAUAAAUAUAUCUAUGAUAAUCUACUUAAUAAAGUGUACCUAUAUAUGUUUCAAUGUAAGCCGUUUUUGUCUAUGUCGUAUGGCCCAAACUAAAUACAAUCAAAUUUUUUGUAAGUCUUGCUUAGAAUCAAACGAGACAGGGUUGGUGCAAAUGUUUUAUUUUACCCGAUUUUCGCCAUAUGGCAUAAACAAAAGCCGAUUCAAUUCAAAUAUUUUAAUAAGCUCAUACCAAUACAGUACAACUAAUGGAAUUUGUAUUGAGAUUGUGGCGUCACUGCAAUUUUAAUUGAUAGUUCCUAUCGACGUACCUUUAAUAGUCAUUUAAUUUCCACAAAAAUAAAUCUUGUAAAUGUGUUUAAAAUUAAAAUUGCAGUCGUUUCGACGAAACAAUUUUCUUUCGCUGCUUUUGUUCUCGCUCACCACUUCAAUCGUAUGCAACCAACAGUUCCGAUUCUUUAAAAUCGUCUUCUGUGAAAGAAAAGUCUGGGAUAUAGUGACUAUAAACUAGUAGGUAAAACGGAAUGAAAGUCGAGCAUGUGAACAUCAUAAUCAAAUUUUUUCACAAAAAGAACUGGACCAACAAACACUGUAAUAACUUUGUUUUCUUUUGGCUCUUUUAGGGUGAAAGGUAGUAGGAGGGAUGGAUGUAGUGGCUGGCUACAUAAUGUUAGAUUGUACAUAGAAUUACUGUAAGAACAAAAAUAAAGACUAUAUACUGAAAA